CCUUCAAUUACGAUUCAGACAAUCUGAGGAAAGUUAGGAAAAACCCAAAUUAACUUUUUUCUUUUCUUUUUAACUCCACAAAGACAAAACUCCAUUUUUUCACAUUUUCUCAUCAUUUCUUUAAGCUAAAAAUUCAAUAUUUUUCCUUUAAUCCCCACUCUUUAUCUCUUGAAAAUAGCUAAAAAUCCUAAAAAAAUCUGAUUCUUCCCAUUAGCUUCAGCUAUUUGCCAGUUAAUCCGUCUGUAUUUUCUGUUCAGCUGGAAAAUGGUGGGUUUUUGAGUACAAGGUGAAAUAAAAAAGAAAAAAAAUUCUUUUGGGGUGAUUUUCUUGGUUGAAAAUAUUUGAGUUAUGGAGGGAAGAGAGAAUAUGUGUCUGAGUGGAGCAACAGUGGUGGGAUCAGAUGCACCUUCAGAUUACCACGUGGCACCUAGAACCACCACUGAAUCAGCAGCUCAAAUGGUGGUUAUUUCACAAACUCCGGCCACUGCCACGGCGGCCAUCGCCGUCGCCGGUGGCGGAGCUGGCGGCGGAGCACUAAUGGUAGUGAAGAAGAAGAGGGGUAGACCAAGAAAGUAUGGACCAGAUGGGGCACUGUCACCUAAGCCGAUAUCGACGGCGGGGCCUGCGCCGUCGCCGGUGAUUGAUUUCUCGGUGGAGAAACAACGGGGGAAAAUCCGGCCAGUUGGGUUGGUUAGUAAGCCUCAUAUGCCUAAGAUGGACGUUGAAAAUUCAGGUGAAUGGGUCUCAUGCUCUGUUGGUGCUAAUUUUACACCCCAUAUUAUCACCGUUAAUACUGGAGAGGAUGUCACGAUGAAGAUUAUAUCGUUCUCUCAACAAGGGCCUCGGGCAAUAUGCAUUCUCUCAGCAAACGGUGUAAUUUCAAGUGUUACGCUGCGUCAACCUGACUCUUCCGGGGGCACAUUGACGUAUGAGGGCCGGUUUGAGAUACUGUCAUUGACUGGAUCAUUUAUGCCAUCCGAGACGGGAGGAAUGAGAAACAGAUCCGGCGGAAUGAGUGUUUCUCUAGCAAGCCCUGAUGGACGUGUUGUUGGAGGUGGAGUUGCAGGUCUACUAGUUGCUGCAAGUCCAGUGCAGAUUGUUGUGGGCAGUUUUCUUGCUGGAAAUCAACACGAGCAGACGACCAAGAAAAACAAAUUGGAGCCUAUAAUAGCUGCUGUUCCUCUAUCUAGUGCAGAAAAUGAAGACUCUUAUAAUCACUCUUCUGCAAAACAAAUUAUGCCAACUUCCUCAAUUAACUGGUCAUCGUCGUUAGCCCCCGACUCAAGAAAUAAGCCAGCUGACAUCAAUGUAACUCUACCUGCAUAGGGUAUAUCUUUCACAGUUCAUAUUGAUCCUUAAUUCUCACAUCCAUUUGUUGUUAAUUUGUCUGUCAACCUCGUACCAGAGCAUGUCAUUUUCCGACGAAGUUUGUGUAGUAAUUUGAACUAGUUUUCCACUUAGUUCUUUUCUUUGGUCUUUUGUUGUAGAAUUUUAGAUGUAUAAUUGGUCCCAGAAAUGAAUUUCAUCUUAGUUCAAGGCUUCAUGUUUAGUUUUAGCAGGUACAAUUGAUCAUCUUCUUUUCA